AAUAAAAAACGAUUCAUUAUCGCACCUUUGCCAUCAAUGUCUCUUUCUUUUCACACCACCCUUCUCUUCUCCUUCUUCAUCUAAACGAAACCUAUUCUCAAAACAAAAACGCAUAAAGACCAAAUUUACUAUAAAACUCUUUACACAGAAAAACAAAACAUAAACAUUAUGGCUAGUGGUUGGGUUAAGUCAUUACAAUGCAAAUCAAGAGCAUUCGAAGAUGUUUAUCAUCCUUAUCCCAAAACCCUAUUAACAAGUGCUAGUUGUAGAAAAACCGUUCAAAAUAUCAAAGAUAUCGUUGAAAUUCCAAAGCCUAAAAAACCUAAAACAUCCUUAGAAAAACAUUCUAGUUCAAAAUCAAAAUAUCCAACCAACAACAAAUCAGAAACACCAACCAUGAACCGUUCACGAAGCAUGACAGCGACAACAACGACUUCAUCUUCUUCACGUGCGAUCACUGAACUACCUGAAGGACACCCAUCACGUAACGUUGUUGAUAUCAUAUUCCAUACAAGCUGGGGAAACAAUGAGUUUCCGGGACGGGUUGAGAUGAUAUUCAAAGUACAAAACGGUGCAAGAACAAUGUCACGAUUUGAAGAGUUUCGUGAAGCGGUGAAAACACGCGCUGCUUCUUCUGUGUCUGAUUCUGAGGAGAAUGCAAGGUGUGUUGCUGAUGGAAAUGAAGUGAUGCAGUUUCAUUGUUUGGGUCCUGCGGAGGACGGUGGGCCCCAUGGGUCGUGGUCGUUUCCGGAGAGGAAGGGGGCGGCGAUAUGUACAUUUUCCGGGAGCGGUGGUGCGCAUGAGAAUAGCGGGGGUGGGAAAGGAAGAAUGGCGAUGUUGGUGUGUAGGGUUGUUGCGGGUCGGGUUUCUAAGCGGGUUGGGUAUUUGGAUUAUAAACGAGUUGGGUUUGACUCAGUGAGUGGUGAUAAUGGUGAGUUAUUGGUGUUUGACUCGCGUGCGGUAUUGCCUUGUUUUCUUAUUAUUUACAGGUUGUAAAAAUAAAGGAAAACAUAUAUAUAUAUAUAUAUUUGAAAUAUUUCCAUUGUUUGAUUUGAGAUCUUGAAAUGCAAUUAUAGAAUUGCAUAAUGGAUGCAAUAUAUUUUUCGGUUUUGGCUAAUA